AAUAGCAGCAUCGUGCAAAAAGUUCGCGAUCCAGGUAGACCCAACCAGGUGCCCGGUGCUUGCCCCUUCCCUCCCCCCCAACUCGUGGUGUACCUCGUAGAGCACGUUCUUUAUUUUUCUUUUUCAAGAUUUCGCGUCAGUUCUUCAGUUCAGCUUCUAUUCGAUUUGAUUGACUCGAGGAUGGCGCAUUGGAUCACAUUCGUCCUCCUCGUCGUGGCGACGACGAUCCUGGCGACGGAGUCUAGAGUCAUUCCAGCUGAGCCUAUUUCAGUGAUGCUAGAUCCUUACGGAAAUCCUAUAAUGUUCCUCCGGGAAAAGAGGACAGCCGUGCACCCGUAUCCUCAGAGAGCGAUGAUGUUCACCGGAUACUACAGACCCGUUCGUCGUUCGAAUCACGGCGGCCAGGCGACCGGUGUUUUCGCGCAAGGGAAUGCGGUGAGCGGUGAGGCAUUCUUCGGUGGCAUGCAGCCGCCACAUUUGAGCAAUGGGCCGGAACCGAUCGAGGAACCGGAAGUGUCAAGCGCGGAGGCGCAAGCCGCUCCAGAGGUGGACGAGGGUUACAACGAGGAUGAGCAACAUCGGGUGCAACAGGAGGAAGAUUAUCAGCACAACGAGAAUCCUCAACAGGACGAACGUCGUCCACACGAUGAAGCGAAUCGUCCUCAGGGUGAUGACCAACAACGAGAGGAAGACGAGCAGCAUCAACAUAAGCAACAAACUGUUCCUCAGGAGCAACCGGAACCGGAACCUGCCCCCGUGUUCACGACCGAAGCAGCCGCGGUGACCCCAGCCGCGGAGCCAGUCAUCACGAACACAGAAGUGUCCCAACCGAAUCGUCCCAAGGCGCAGCAUGGGAAGAAGACGAAGAAGACACCGGUGGUCGUGGUGGACGACGACGAAGAGGACGACGAGGACGAGGACGACGACGACGAGCCAUCCGUUCCCUUCAUCCCUUUCAAAGGGAGUCGCCGUCGGCAAAACUACCCCAACCUGAACAACUUCUUCCCCAUGGUGUUCAGCUUCCCCGGCGGCUCCAGCCGAUCUGGAUCCUCCGGAGGAUCGCCCCCUGGAGCUGUAACAGCGAUCGCCAACAGUUACUCCACCGGGAAGGGCGGCGUUGCGAGCUCGGUCGCGACUGCUUACGGUGGAUCCCCUAACGGGAAAAAGCGGCGUACACCGGUGGCCGAAGAGUAGAUCAUCGUAGUGGAUCGAUCGGGCACGGCACAGAGUUAGCUGCGUCCGACCUAUCGAUACCGUUAAGAUCAAUAUUCCAUCGGACAUUAAUAUGCAGACAAGAGAGAGAAAGAGAGAGAGAGAGAAAGAGAGAGCACCCACGACGACACGCUCCACUUUUCUAUUUCCCCCAUCGUCGUUCCGUACGAGUAAUCGAACAAUCCGAAGUGGACGCUCCGUUUCAUACAUUUAACUACUGCGAAUCGAUUUUUUUCAUCCCCUGCGAUAAUAUUUAUAAUUCGCCGAGAAUUUCGUCGAAACGGUACGUUGGUAGAGAAAUUGUGCUUACCCUUUACCGGUGUUCGUGAAAAUUAAACAACUCUUCCUUAAUCAUUAGUAAGUGGAUAAUCUUAGCAUGUACUUAGUUUGUAAUUUUAAAAUUUGUAGAUUAUAAGGAAAUAUAUAUAUAUAUAUAAAUAUAUAUAGGAGGUAGGUUUUUUCGUAGCGAUCGUACGGACUAGUGCAAUAUUUUAUCCUCGAAGAAAGAUUGAGGAGUGAAGGGUUCGCAUGAUCGUUCUAACUGCCAUCGCAUCGAAGAGUAUAGUGUGUCGAUCGAAGUUAAUCUCAUUCGUUACACAGUUCUUCCAUGGAGAAGUUUAUUAACAAGUAAACGAAUCGAGGAAUAGAAUUGUCUAGAAUUUAACGAGGGGGGAGAGGUCAUUUUCGGUAGCCAGUAAAAAAUGUUGUACGUCUAAUCGAAUCGUCGUCUUCCAGCGGGAGGAAGGAUGGAUCCCUUCGAUUCUUCGCGCGAAGCGAAGAAAAAAAAACGUUGAAAAUAAAUUUAUUCUCAAAGUGAAA